GAGCGCCACCACAAAGUAACAUAAUCUCGCCCAACUAUAGCAUGGUUUGUCAAUGCACUAGUGUAUAGGCAUAUACUUUACUAAUCUGGCCAGAUUUUCAUUUUAGUGUGUGACAACAUGGAUUAUGAUGAUGCCAACUUGGAAACGCAGCUCUGGCUGGUUUAGGUUGUUCUUGUCGUCAUGGAGAAGUGGAAGGAACACACAAGGGACGAAGUCUCGGCCCAUUGUACUUUUUCAUCUUGUUGGAUCAUAAUGAAGGACAAAGUUUAUGAUGUGACGACAUUUGUGAGGAAGCAUCCAGGAGGAGAAGACAUCCUGUUAGAGAAUGCAGGCGGGGAUGUGACUAGUUCAUUCGUUGAUAAGGGCCAUAGUCAGGAAGCAUACAAAUUAUUGGAAGGCUACUGUAUUGGCAUUCUUGUUGAACAUGAGAGGCUGGAGUAGUGCUGACAGCUACAUUUCCCCCACACCCAUACCAGUUAUACACUGCAUGGGUUUGGUUGAUUGACUCAGUGAACAGUACUGAUAAGGUGGUGGAGACCUCUAUCGGCCACAAUGUGUAUAUGUGUGACUCAUUUUGUUUCUUCCUGUAGUCUGCCUUUAAUAAAGAUAGAGCUGACAAGAUUGUGGAUAAUGAACAGGGCAGUGAGUUAAUUAAGAUCUCCAUCAACUGUAUUCCUGUGAUACGUUAUUGUUUUUGUACAUUCCAUGUAUGACUGGUGUUUGAACAAUCAUGUUCGUGAAAGUACUGUAUUUCGUUUUCAUCUUGGUCUUACAUUGUUCUCACUGCUGAUCGCCUUCGAUCCACUUUUCCACCUUUUUUUAGAUAUAAUCUGUCUGACACUUGGCAGCUAGCUUUGUUAUACUUUGUACUUAAAGAAAAAGCUGAUUGAAUAAAUUCGAUUUUGUGUUAA